CGGCUUUAAAAGUUUUCCCUUUGUUGGUCUUCUGUGGAAGUAAUGCAAGGACGUUUCUAGGACGUGUCUUUUUAAUGCAAUGUCUGUUUUGUUUUACUUGGGAUAUUAUUUUCUCACAUGGUUUUGUAAGUAAAACGUACAUUGGAAGUUCACUUUAAAAUGGACUCUAUUGGACAAAGGAGAAUAUACACAAUCGUAUUGUUUCAUUUUCUGGUGUUUGAUGCCACUUCCUCACAUGAACCGUCAUCUGGAAAUACAGUGAUUGUAAGCAGUGAGAGACAGUUAAACGACAUCUCAGGGCAGCGUCCGAUUCCCUCCUGGUAUCAUACAUCUGUCGCCUUACACUCUCACAACAGAUGGCGAACACAGGUGGCUCUGUCCAAAACUGUUUAUUCAUUUGAAGUAAAAGAAGACACAAUACCAGGCACCGUUGUUGGAAAGUUGGAAACUGGGUUUGAGAGUCUCACGCCUAUCACAUUCUCAGUGCAGGAGGAUGAUGGUGAGAACCUGUUCCUCCUCAACCCCUUCUCAGGGGAGUUCCUAUUAUCCCGCGGCCUGGAUUUCGAAGCACAAAGAUUCUACAUACUCAGUGUGGUGGCGCAGCCGGGGGAGUCCCGGGGAUCCGGUGUCAGGGUGUACUUCAACGUGUUAGACGUGAAUGACAACCCCCCUGUUUUCAGACAGGGUGCCUUCGCUGCCUCACUGCUGGAAGACGCUCGGGUGGGCACAUGCUUCCUCCCCUUGAAUGUAUCAGAUAACGACGAUGGUGAAAAUGGAGCCUUGAAUCUGAGGGUUACCGGUGGAGACGAGGAGGAUGUAUUCUCCAUAAACACAGCUGGCGUUUUGUGCCUGAACGCAGCGUUGGACAGAGAGAGACAACCGCUCUACAAUCUCACUGUGACGGCCAAUGACUGUGUCCAGAUUGUGUCUUUGCAGCUCACCAGCACGGCGCAUGUUAUUGUGGUGGUCGAUGACGUCAACGACAACCCUCCACUGUUUGUGUCGGCCGAAGUCGUCAGUGUACCAGAGGACGCCGCUCUUCAUUCGGUAAUAACGACUGUGCAUGCUGAAGAUAAAGACGUUGGAUCCAACGGGGAAGUUUCAUAUUAUUUGAACAACACUUCCGGCGGCAAGUUUAGCAUCAAUAGCAGGAGUGGAGAAAUAUACCUGGAGGAGGACUUGGAUAGAGAACAGAGAGACACCCUGACUGUUACAGUAACGGCCGCUGAUGAAGGCUCACCCAGAAUGGAGACCGUAAUGAAUCUCAUAGUGCAUGUUGAAGAUGCCAAUGAUCAUGAUCCAGAGUUCCCUCAAAGCACUUACAGCUUCGCAGUCAGAGAGGACGUCCCCAGAGGGACAAGCCUGCUGCGGGUUCAGGCUCUUGAUCGAGACAUUGGGAGAAAUGGACAAGUUAGGUACGCACUGACCCAGGGGAGUCCGUUUGUGGCGGACGCGGUUCGUGGCGUCAUCUCAGUAAUGGACAGAGUGGACAGGGAGAAGGAUUCAGACUACACCUUGAUCGUGACGGCUGUAGAUCAGGGGAAUGUACACAGAACGGCCACUGCUGCUAUCAGGGUCACAGUGUUGGAUGUCAAUGACUUUGCGCCCCUCUUUACUCCACCGACGCUGACCAUGCAUGUGAGAGAGAAUGAUGAGGACCCCGCUCAGCUCACACGUCAGGUAUCUGCUUUGGAUGAAGAUUUAGGCGUCAACAGCCAGCUGACCUAUAAUAUACAAAAAGGAAAUAUUGACGGUUUGUUGUCCAUCACACCCGGCGGCAUGUUUCAGAUUUUACGCAGCCUGGACAGAGAGAAGGAAUCAUCUUACUUGGUCAACAUCGUUGCUGUUGAUUCAGGAUUGCCACCUCUAACAGGAACUCUAACCAUACGCGUCAUAGUGGAUGAUGUCAAUGAUAACUGUCCAGAGUUUACUCAGGAGGUCUACAACACCAUAGUGUCUGAGGACAGCCCCGCCGGCACGGUGUUUGCCAUGGUAACUGCAUCUGACGUUGAUGAGGGAGUCAGUGGAGAACUAAGUUAUUCCGUGGAAAACUCUGAUGUGCCUUUUGACAUUGAAGAAACAUCUGGCGAGCUGUUUACAACUGAUGUCCUGGACAGAGAGACAGUAGCCAUUUACAGGUUGGUGGUGAUUGGCAUUGAUGGACAUCCUACUCAGCCUCUGUCAAGCUCAGUGCUUGUCACUGUUCUCAUUGGAGAUAUUAACGACCGCUGGCCUCAGUUCAUGAACAGUCCCUAUGUGGCCUAUGUGCCCAAUGAGAUGGCUCCAGGCUCAGUUGUUUGUGCAGUAGGAGCAACAGAUGGAGAUACUGAAAUGAACGCCGAACUGCAUUUUUCGCUGUAUGGACAAAGUUCAGAUCUGUUUUCCAUCCAUCCGGACAGCGGCACAGUCACGGCUUCAAGCGCCAUCUGGAGAACGGAAGAUAUCAUCGUCCGUGUUCAUGUGGAAGACGCUGGAGAAAAUCCUAAAUUUGACGUCACUACAAUCAGCGUCCGGUUUCAGAACGUCUCUGAUUUUCCAGAGAUGACUGUGGAUGUUCUGAGUGAUUUCCUCUCUGAGGAUGAGCCGGUGGGGACAUUAGUUGCAGUUGUCUCUGCGUCGAGCGUCAGAGCUGAGCCAGUCUCCUUUUAUCUAGCUUCUGGAAACUUUGAAGAGAUGUUUUAUGUGGAGCAGUGGAGUGGAGCUUUGACCGUGGAUAACCCUCUGGAUUAUGAAAGCAAAAAGGAACUUACCUUGUUGAUAGAAGCAAGGGACUCCGGCUCACCUCCUUUCUCAUCAUUUGCAGAAAUUCACAUAAGCAUCAUUGACGUAAAUGAUAACUUCCCUCAGUUCACCCAAGCCGAGUACAGGUGUGAGGUUUUUGAGAACUCCCCGCCGUCCUGGGUUUGCGACGUUCUCGCCACUGACGCUGACUCAAGCAGCUACGGCACAGUGCGGUACAAUAUCACAGAAGGAAACACUGAUGGUUUAUUCACAAUUGACCCGGAAGAUGGUUUACUGAGCAGCACUGGAAAUUUAGACAGAGAAAAUACCCCCGAAUUCAAUUUAACAGUGGAAGCUGCAGAGCUCAACAACCCUCUUCAUAGAGACACAUCAACAAUUAUUGUUAUUGUUUUAGACCGAAAUGACAACUCACCUCGUUUUUCACAGAUCUUUCUCACAGAGGUGCCUGAAGACUCCCCUGUUGGACACACCAUCAUGCGACUCACCUCAACUGAUGACGAUUCUGGUGCCAAUGCAGAAAUAAAUUACUCUUUAAUUGGUCAAAGAGAUGAUCUGCCAUUUAAAAUAGACUUCACCACUGGUGACAUAACUGUUGAAAAAUAUCUGGACAGGGAGAUGCAGGAUCGUUACAUCUUGAAUGUCAACGCGAAUGACUCAGCGUGGAGCAUUAGCACCGACGUAACUGUAGUCAUCACAGAUGUCAAUGAUAACCGACCAGUAUUUUAUGAUCAAUCUUACAGCAUUUACCUCCCUGAAACACGAGUUGAAGGGUCGUUUGUCAUGCAGGUUCUUGCUUUGGAUGCAGACAUGGGGAAAAACAGUGACGUUUUGUAUGUUAUUGAACCUCAGAAUGAGCAGUUUUGGGUGAACGCGUCCUCUGGUGAGAUCUAUACAAAGCAGCCACUGACAUUACACAAUUCUGCUUUUCAAAUCUACCAGUUUCCGGUUAUUGCAUUUGAUUGUGGCAGCGUUCCUCUGUACAGCAACACCACUGUCACUGUGAGAUUAGAACCGUUUAACCACUACGCACCAAUGUUUCUACCUUUCCGGCCUCUGAUUGCUAUCCCGUAUCACAUGGAUGUCGGUACUGAGGUGGUACAGUUGACAGCGAUAGAUCAGGAUGUUAACAACACCAGUGUUGGCAUCAAAUAUGUUUUCAAUGGAGGUAAUGCAUCUGAUUUCUUCUGUAUUCAAGUCGAGAAUGGAAAGGUGAUGUUAAAUCAGAGCUUGAUAGGCAGCGUAAAUUUGUCUUUCACAGUAUCAGUUAUUGCAAAAGAUCAGGGCACCCCGUCUUUGUCAUCACAGACUGACAUCACUUUUCACAUUACUGGCAGGAAUCAUUUUCCUCCAAUCUUUAGAGAGGCUGAUGUUAUUUGCUCUGUGCCUGAGGACUUGACGGUAGGAUCAGUAAUUGGGACAGUUCAUGCAGGAGAUGGAGAUUACGGUCCCAAUGGGGCCAUUGAGUACUGCAUUACACCAGAAAAUCCCUAUUUGCCAUUCUCUGUGGGAGAAGCGUCUGGGCUGCUAACGUUGAUCAGAGAGCUUGAUUUUGAAAAAGAAGUUAUUCAUCAUAUCCAAAUCAAAGCCCUGGAUGGAGGGUGGAUCUCUCAAACUGGCAUGUUGAAUAUUACAGUGGUGGUUGUCGAUGUGAAUGACAAUCCUCCGCUUUUCUCAUCCUCACAGUACACAACGUCAGUGCCUGAAAACUCAGUAAUUGGAACAGUUGUCCUAGUUGUGAAGGCGGCGGAUGCUGAUUCAAAUGCGGAAAUAUCCUACUCCCUUAUUGCUGGCCAUGUGGAUAAAUUUGCAAUCGAUUCAAGAAAUGGCACGAUCACCACUUUGUAUGUCUUUGAUUUUGAGCAUGAGCAGAUCUUUGAUAUAACAAUCAAGGCUUCAAACAUUGACGGUCAUGCUUUAUUUAGUUUGGCUCACAUUGUCAUCCAAAUCUCGGACGUGAAUGAGUUCACACCCACAUUCAGCCAAAAAGAAUACAACUUUUCUGUGUAUAAAAAUGUGCCUGUUGGAACUCGGGUCGGAAGAGUAAUAGCUACGGAUUUUGACCGUGGAUCUGAAGGUCAGUUGUCUUACCUGAUGUUUGGUCCAAGCAAAUACGUGGGCUUUGAAAUCAACACAUUUUCUGGAGAAAUAUACACAACUGGCAAUUUGAGAAAACGUGGCAACAGUCAGGUAGUUUUAAAGAUUCUGGCAAAGAACUCUGGUGUUAUUACUGGCAUGGACGUCGACGAAGCUUUAGUUCACAUUAGUGUGAUCGACGCAAAUGAUUCACCUGUUUUCACCUCUGCACUUUAUUUGGCCAAUGUUGCAGAAAACAGCCCAGUUGGGACACCCGUGAUAACGGUGAAUGCUCUGGACGAGGACUCCAUCUUGGACUGGAAUAUUUUCUUCUUCAGCAUUGAAAAUGGAAACAUAAAUCUCUCUUUUUCCAUUGAGCCAUCCAGUGGUGUUAUUUUAAUAAACUCUCCACUUGACCGAGAACUCAGGUCAGUUUAUAAUCUGACUGUUGCAGCCACUGAUAAUGGCUCUCCACCAGCCACUGGGACUACUAACGUCAUUGUGACUAUUGACGAUGUCAAUGACAAUGCUCCAAAACUCACAUUAACCAAAGCUCAAGUGAAGGAAAAUCAGCCUGAAGGUACAGUGGUCGCCAGAUUAAAUGCAUCUGAUGCAGAUGUCCCGCCAAACGGGGGACCUUUCACUUAUUGGUUGGUAAAUUCUUCAAACGCAAAUGCUUUUUCACUGACUCCUGAUGGAGUUUUAUUCACCACACGGACCAUUGAUCGGGAACAAAUCAAUAUCUAUCACAUCCUUGUGGCUGUCACGGAUGCAGGGAUCCCGCCGCUAUCAUCAACAACGAUGAUCCACAUCAAGAUUGUGGAUGAAAACGAUAGCCCUUCCCAGCCUAGAAAUAUUGUGAUUGAGGUCAAAUAUUUUGGCAGUUCUUUCGAAGGAGGGAUGAUCGGUCACGUCCAUCCUGACGAUAAGGAUGAGUCUGAUACAUUCAACUGCGCCAUCAAAAGCGGACAACUAAAUAUGUUUACAAUACCUAAUGGUACAUGUGAACUGUGGUCUUCUCCUCUUCAAGGCGAGGCUACAUUUAAUAUCACAGUCGAGGCUACAGACCAGCUUCACCUUCCAGUCAACAACAGCAUCUAUGUGAACUACAAAGGUUUCACAAAUGCCUCAAUAGACCGCUGCAUAUUAUUCUAUGUGUCAUCAUCCUCAAUGGAAGAAUUUAUGUCCAACAACUAUCUGCGGUUUGUCAAAGCUCUGGACAGUCUGUUUAACCUACAGGCCUCUAAGACGCACGUCUUUGGAAUUAAACAUUUUGGCAGUGACAUUAUUUUAUUGGCUGCCGUGAAAAAUUACGAUGGUCAAUAUCUUAGCGGAGAGGUAGCCAUUGGCAUCUCUAUAGGCCAUAAGAAAUUACUUGAAAGCCAUAGCAACGUGACAAUAUCUCACAUCACAAGUGAUCCAUGUCUCAUUGGCCCCUGUACAAAUGGGGCAGCAUGCAACAAAAACAUUUACAUCAGCCAGGAUGUUGCUGCUUUGGAAAGCUCGGCGGUCAUAUUUGUGUCACCGCAGAAAGAGAUUUUUAAUUGCUCCUGUCUUGUCGGCUUCACCGGGACUCUGUGUGAAGAUGACAUCAACGAAUGUGAGGUGAAUCCCUGUGAGAAUAGAGGCAUGUGUGUAAAUACUGCAGGAAGUUUUUACUGUCACUGUCAAAGUGGUUUCUCUGGCUCUUUCUGCUCUACUGAUGGAGAUGAAUGCCUGAAGCUGAAGUGCCAAAACGGGGGAACCUGCACUUCAACCGAGGAUGGAUAUCACUGUCACUGCUUACUCGCAUUUGAGGGAGAAAUGUGUGAGCUCUUCAUAAACCACUGUAGAUCAGCCCCUUGUGUUCAGGGCAGCUGCAUCAAUUCACAGACAGGAUUCUCCUGCCGUUGUCCCUUUGGAGUCAGUGGAGUCCACUGUGAGGAGCACAGUUAUGGCUUUCAGGAGCUAUCCUUCAUGGAGUUUCCCCCGUUGGAUCGCAGGACUAAUUUGAUCUCUCUAGAGUUUGCGACAGUGCAGAGAAACUCCCUGCUCCUUUACAAUCCUGGAGGACCAUCCAGCAAGGAGUUCAUUGCACUAGAGAUACUGAAUGGGGCCAUACAUCUCUCUUUUGACCUGGGACCCGGACCAGUGAGGCUGCAGACACACAAGCAAGUGGCUGAUGGAUAUUUUCACAGUGUCACUGCUCGGAGAAUUGGAAAUAUGGGGUCCUUGAAUGUUGACAACUGCACACAUAUCAAGAACAGUGGAUUUUGUUUUUCACGGAGUGAUGGCAGUAGUUUAAAGAGGACUCUAGAUGUUGGACGUAAUGUGACAUUCGGAGGAAUAAGGACUUUUGAAUCCAUUUUAAAGCUUCCCGCUCAGAUAAAAACCCAUGACUUUGUUGGAUGUAUCCGUAACCUUUAUGUGAAUGGCAUCCUUCUGAGACCUUUAAUGGCCCUGGCCUCAUAUAACAUCCUUGAUAGGUGUCCUCGGACAUCGUCGUCACCAUGUCAUAGCAACCCAUGUAAGAACAGCGGCUUGUGCCAUGACCUUUGGUCUGACUAUGUUUGCGAGUGCAAAAGCCCUUUUACUGGGAACAACUGUGCUGAAGAAGUGUCGGAGGAGCUUGUUUUGCGAUUUGAUGGGAACGACUACAUUGAGUAUGUUAUCAAGGAGCGAUUCAAGAGAGAUUACCUGCUAAAAGACUUUCUGAAUGAUGAAAAAGAGGAAAACACCAGAGACCAAAGUGGGAUCAAGAUCAAGUUCAAGACCCAAUUCAAUGGAGUUUUAAUAUUUGUUGUUGGAGAGACAGGAUACACUAUUCUGGAAAUAAAAGACAGAAAGCUUGUGUACAUUUCCAACGACACACUGGCUGGACACCCGAUAGAACUCACUGUGGACCCCCCCGUGGCCAAUGGUAUUUGGCAUGUCCUCUCCUUAUUCGGCAAUGGACAGCACACAUUUCUGCUCCUGGAUGGUAAAUCCGUUUUGAAUAUCAGCGACAGCAGUAUGGAUCUCACUCCUGUUGGUUUGCAAAAGAUUAUUUUUGGUGCGGGUCCGACAGGUUAUUCAAACCUCCAACAGUUAGGUUUCACUGGCUGUGUGCAGUACUUCAAUGUGAGCGGAUACACUCUGCCCGUCAGCGGACGCAGUGUGAUGGUGGACGUCUCGCCGAGCUCCACUCUUGUCCAGUCGAGUUGCAGCUCUCCGGCCGUCUGCCUCCCCUCUCCGUGUUCUGGGGACGACACAGCCACGAGGCGUUGUCUCUCGCCAGACUGUCAAAACCACUGGACUGCAUGCAGACCUGCUGAGCAGAGCAGGUCCUGCAUCUGUUUCCAUAACGUUUCUUACCAGGCCUGCGAUGUCUGUGGCCCUGCAACGGAGAGCCGCAAUCGAUGCUCCGAAAAACCGGGCGGUCUGCCUCUGUGGCUCAUAGCUCUGAUUCUUCCUCUCGUCUUAGUCUUGGCGAUCACGGGGUCGUGUGUUGCCCUUUACAGAAGGAGGUGUAAGGAUGCAGAGCGUCAGAGUGAUAGCGCCACAGAGAAACCCCAGAAAGGGACAGACAACGCAGCGUUCCGCUUUGAGGACAGCAGAACGCUCGCCGAUGCGGCGUGUGCGACAAAAGAGAAACAACGCGACCCAGCGGGUGCCGAUCAGCAGAGGUCAUGCGUGGAGUUUUACGGUGACGCCGGUCUACCAAGUGUUCAGCCGGGGCCAAACAGUGAGCUGGAGUACUAUGAGAUCAGCUGUAGUGACACCAAGUGUGAGAAAGCUGAUCCUAAACGGUGGGGAGAUGUGAGGAUGCUGUUGGCAGGAUAUAAGAAAGAAUGCUCCAGCGGAGGGAGGCCAAUACGUUCCACGGAACCUCAAGACGUAGCUUUCCUAAACGCGCAGUUGUCGACUAAAGACAGCGAAGAGUGCUUGCAACAGUCACCGUCUGGGGGUAGAGAGAAGUUCCCUCGUUCUGAGUACUUUGAACCUGCACGAUGCCUGACUUUUGAAGAAAUUUGUAAACUGAACACUACUUGGGAGAAGACGCCCCCUCAAGCACCCUUGACGCCUGAAGCUGCCAUGUGCAGCAGCGUGAUCGGUGCUUUGUCGGAAUGUGAACCCGACAGCACAUUCUCCUGCUCCGCGUCGGAGUGUGGACAGUUUUCUCUAUCUACACACGGCCAGUCAUCCCUGUCAGCGUGCAGCUUCAGACACAAUUGUCAUUCUGCUGCAGAUCAGCACGAAGAGGAGAGUGCUCGCUCCAAUAUGUUUGAGCGAUGGGGAAUCAUUUUAAAUAUGCAUCUACCUUACAGCAGCUAUGCUCUUGUAUUUGAGGACAUAGCGCGUCUACCCACCGGCGCUUUUCACAGCAAUGACAGUGACAUAGAGGAAAUUAUUUGAUGGCCGUUUGGUGUCGUGAAAUUGCUCUGUUAAAAUAUUGUUGAUAUUUGGAUAUUAUAUAUUUUAUUGGAACGAUUUUGGUGUAUCACAACUCAUACAAAUUGUUUAUCAACGACAUCUAAAUCAUAUGUUUUAGUUUCUUCCGCAGUGAAAGAUCUUUUAUAUAACCCAAAACUCUUUAUCUUUUCAUGUUUUCAUGGUUAUCUUUACAUCUUUAGAAUAGUUAGAAGAUGUAUCUGGUGAUGAUGCUUUAUAUAUUUUAAAGACAUGUCGAGACAACCACGUUUAAUGUAGAUAUCACACUAAUGUAGAUAAACUAUUAUGCCUCGGAAAUCUCCCUUUUAACCUAUCUAUCCCUAUUCCUUGUGAAAAAAGGAGAAAAUAAUAGACCACAAAUUAAUCAUAAGACGUUCUCCUUUGUAAAGGUUAAGAAAUAUGAUUGAUGAUCCAUUGUAAGUAAACAAAACAGUUUUACCACAUGAAAAAAUACAAUUUAUCAUUCUAAAUAAACCGCUGACAUUAUUACAUAAUGACAUAAUUUACAAAUGAUUGAGAUUAACACGUUUGAAAAGGCAUAAACAUGCUGAUGUGGGAAUAGUGUAACUUUGUUUGUUCUUCAGUAUAUUCAGUCACUGUCUUAAAAUCAAUUAAAAAAAAGCUUCCAGCAGGAAAAAUUGAAUGAGCAACAAACAAGCGCUAUAUACAACCUGUAUAUCUAUACUGACUUCCAGACUUCGAACUUCGAAGAACUCUUAAAAAAGAGUUGUCAACUGUUGAAGCCGUUGCCUUAAGGCCUGUACUGCUUUGUUUUUACAAACCAGUCCAUCUAGUCUAUGCUUUCAGGCUUUGGACAAAAUACACCUACGUCUAAGUAAAAGUAAAAGGCAGGAAAUGUACCAUGUACUCUUUAUUUAGAUUUACUCAUUACAUCGCAUGUCUGUGUACAGUUUUUCUAAAGAAUUUACGUCUAUUCCUGUAUUCCCGGUGAGUUCCAUUUAGAUAUCAUUAUCAUCGUAAUUGCAGGCUUUACAUUGAAGAAACAUCCAUUCAAACAAUUAUAUGAUUUACACAUCAUAUCAAGCUUAAAUUAUUUAAAGUAAUCAUGUUUCAA